AUGAUGGAGAGUACGAAAUCCGUUUACAGUAUCGUAUGGUUGAAUAUACUCGAUGAUUCACUUUACACGACACAAUUACUUCAAGAAGAAUUAAAACCAUUAUUUUAUGGUCGAGAACAAAAUUCAAUAAAAGAUCAAGUUCAAUUAUGGACAUCAAGAAUAAAUAAAUUAAAUAAUCUUAUUGUCCAACUUGAUUCACCAUUUGUUCAAGAUGUUCUGAAAAAUUUAGCGAGAAAUCGUUCACCAUAUCUUUCGUCUUUUAUGGAUAUUAAACUUGAAAUAAGUCGAUCCGUAACACAUGCCGAAAGAAAUUUAUCAUUUGUAAGUACAUUAUCACCAUGGAUAUUUCAAAUAAAUAAUUCAAAUAAUCUCAAUGAAAUUCUAUUACAUCUUCCAUCAUUAAUGCAUACACUUUUUCUUAUUUGGCAACAUUCACAUUAUUAUCAUCAAAAAGAUAAAUUUAGUCAAUUAUUAGAAGUUGUUUCUUCGGAAAUUGUUCUACGAUCUAAACAAAUAAUAGCCAAUAGUAUAUCAUCAAAAUCAACUAAUACAUCAAUGAGUUUAAAAGAUGCUCUUUCAAUUUGUGCCAUGUUUCGUGGAACUUAUUUAGAUUAUAAAGAAAAAGCUGAUGGACUUAAUUCAAAAUAUAUGAUACCAGAAAAAAAAAUUGAUCCAUCUCGAAUGGUUAUUUGGCAUGUUAAUCCAUAUGGAGAAAAUGAUCCAAAUAAAGAUAUAUCAUCAUCAAAUGAUCCAUAUGCUGUUUUAAGAAAAUCAAGUCCAUGGCCACCAAGAAAUGCAAAAUGUUUUCAAUCAUUAAAUGCUCUUAUUGAAAGGUUUACUUUUAUUAUUAUUAUUAUUAUUGAACUUUUUUCGAAAGAAUUAUUCAAAUUUGAAAUUCGAUUAAAAAACACGAUGAAUAGCAAUUUAAGUGUUGGUGAUGGUGGUGGUGUUGGUGAGGGUGAUGGAAGUGAUGUUCCUCCUCUUGUAUGGAGCCUUCCACCGAUUCCUCAAUUGGUUAUAUUAGGUAUUAUAUUUGUAGCUUCAGUUAUUCUUAAUUGUGUAUCAAUAAUAAGUAUUGUUGGUGCCCGAGCAAUAACACCAAUAAAUCUUUUAAUUAUUAAUUUGGCUGUCAGUGACAUUGUUUAUUCAUUGACCAUUCCGAUAUUUGCGGUACAUAUUGUUAUUCCAUGGUGGCCAUUUGGUCGUGUGGGUUGUCAAUUAGCUAUUGCGAUUGAUAUUAUUGCUAUGAUUGUUGGUGUUUAUACAAUAACAGCAUUAAGUAUUGAACGUUAUAUUGAUGUACGUGAAACAUCUCGUCGUUAUAAUGAUAAAGUUAAAUUAUUAUUUGUAUUAUGUUUUAUUAUUUUAUUAUGGUUAUUUGCAAUAUUAUUUCCAUUACCAAUGUCAUCAUCAUUAUUUGUUCAUAAUCGAACUCGAGCUGCAUUAGUAUCAGGUGUUAGUGAAUGUAAAUCACGUUGGACAGCAGGUGAAUUAUCUCGUUAUGUUCAAAUAAAAUUUGCUUGUGCAUUUUUACUUCCAUCAUUAAUAACAUGUACAUUUUCAUUUCGUUUAAUAUUAUUUCUUCAUCGUUGGUCAAUUAGAUCUCGACGUCUUUCAUUAUCAAAUAAUUCAUUAAAUAAUUAUAAAAGACGUGCAACAACACUUGUUUUAUUAAUAAUAAUAUCAUUUUUUGUUCUUUGGUCUCCAUUAUGGAUUCUUCAACUUUAUGAUACAUUUAAUCAACGUGGACCAACACCUUAUAUACAAAUAUUAAAUUUUUUAACACUUGUUUUUGUAUAUGCAAAUGGUUUAUUAAAUCCUUUACUUUAUUUAAUCUUAACACAAAAUUUUCGUGAUUACAUAAGAAGAAAUAAAUGGUCACCAUGGAUAAAUAGAAAACGAUCAAAAAUUAAUCAUCAAACAUUUAUUUAUAGAACAAAACCAAUUAUUAAUAAUAAUAAUAAUCUAAAUCAAAAUCAAAAUCAAAAUCAACCAACUAGUUUUAUAAUACAUCAUGAUGAUGAUCAACAUGCAUUUGUACCAAAUGAUUCAAGUUCAAUAGCUAUUUGA